AUGCAGAAGACCCUGGACUCUGCGGUAGACGCCAUUGGCCGCACACCUCUCGUGCGCCUCAGUCGCAUCACCUCAUCUCUAGGCCUCGAUGGAGACAUUGUCGCCAAGCUCGAUUAUUUGAACCCCGGUGGCUCAAAGAAGGACCGCGUGGCCCUCGGUAUCAUUGAGGAGGCAGAAAGACUCGGCACUCUCAAGCCCGGGCAGACCGUCGUCGAGCUGACAAGUGGCAAUACAGGCACGGGUCUCGCAAUCGUCUGCUCUGUCAAGGGCUACCCAUUUGUUGCCGUCAUGUCGCGAGGAAACUCGAUUGAAAGGGCCCGCAUGAUGGCAGCUCUAGGGGCCGAGGUUGUGCUUGUGAACCAGGCGCCGGGAUCGAUGCCUGGCCAGGUGUCCGGGUCCGACCUGGAGCUUGUAGAACGCAGAGCGAAAGAGAUUGAAGCCGAGCGGGGCGCCUUUCGCGCCGAUCAGUUUACGCGGGACGGCAACUGGGUCGCGCAUCACGACGGAACGGGCGUUGAGCUGUGGGAGCAGACUGACGGUGCCAUUGACGGCUUCGUGGAUUUUGUGGGCUCUGGAGGUACCUACGCGGGCGUUUCCAGGAAGCUCAAGUCACUGAACGACGCCAUCAGAUGUUUCAUCGUCGAGCCAGAGGGGGCUGCUGUCUUGGCGAGGAGGGAGGUCACAAACCCGGGGCACCCCAUUCAGGGUGGUGGCUACAUGAUGUCUGAAUUGGCGUUCCUUGAAGAUCUUGCUGUCGAUGGCCUUGUGCAGGUCACAGGUGAUGAAGCCAAGGAAGGAGCCCGCGUGCUGGCCAUGAAGGAGGGCAUCUUUGGGGGAUUCUCUAGUGGCGCGAACCUCAUGGCUGCCAUCCGACUUCUGCGAGGUGAGAUGCGGGGGAAGACGGUGGCCAUUGUGAUAUGUGACUCAGGUCUCAAGUACAUGUCCACUGACCUGUGGACCGAUCAACAGAUAAAGUGA